AAAAAAGUAUAUGGCAUAAUAAACAUCACAUAUAUAACUCUGUACCAUUUCUAAACCAAAUCCCCCAAUGCAAAGCCAAAUACUCUCUCUCUCUCUCUCUCUCUCUCUCUCUCUCUCUCUCUCUCUCUCUCUGAGAAAAGAAAUUGGAAUUGCCUUCACUCCACCACCGUAUAAGGCACCACACUCAUCAAAAGAGUCCAGAAAUUUUCUAUAAAACCUCAAAAUAGAUCUCUCUCUCUCUCUUAUGGAGGAGAAGGAACCACCAAAGGCUUCAAUUCUCCACCGCCGAAACGGCGUCGUUUCACAACCCUUGGACUUGGAGCUCAUCUCCAUCAUCACAAACAGCAAAACAUCUCCUCCUCCUCUGCCCUCUUACACCUCCCUCAAAGACGUCCUCCCCUUCUCCACCGCCGCCUCCGUCAACUCUCCCUCCUCCUCCGCCGCCGUCAACUUUCCCUCCGCCGUCGGAAUAUCCAUACGCAACCGCCUCGUAAAGCAAGCCGCCGCCGCAUACCUCACCCCUUCCACUCCUAAUCCCUCCGCCGCACCUUCCCUAUUCCGCCGCUUCUCCUCCGCCGUCCUACGCAUCUUCUCCGCUGUCUUGGACUCCUUCCUCAGCCUCUUCCCAUAUCCCCGGAAGAUCUUCAGAUCUUGAACAUAAGAAUCAGAGGAAGAGCUGUGAACUUUUUUUUAUUCAAAGUUACGAACUUUCUCGAUGUACUGUUAAUUACGAUUCGAAUUUACAAAUACCCAAAGAAAAAAGAGAACUUUUUUUAUUCCU